UGAAAUUCAGGUUAAAAAUAAAAAUAAUAUAAAAAUAAAAGUGAAAGUGAAAUAAACAUGAUUAAUAAAAACAUUUAAAUGAAAAUUAAAUAUGACUUACUUAUUCAACAUUGUAAAAACUAUAGCUAAUAGAAGUAUUCACAUCAAUAUUAGGAAUAAUGCAAGAAAUAAUUAUUUUAAAAGACUUUAUUCUAACAAUACAAAUGAAACUAAAAAACGGGGUAUAAGAUCGACUCUAUAUUAUGUCACAGCUGCAGGAGUUGCAACAGUAGGUUUAAGUUAUGCCGCAGUGCCGUUAUAUAGGCUAUUUUGUCAAGCAUACAGCUAUGGAGGAACAGUGUCCACGGGUCAUGAUGCAGAAAAAGUAGAAACCAUGUCAGCAGUAAAACAAAAACCAUUAAAGAUUAAAUUUAAUGCUGAUACUGCAGCCAGUAUGAGAUGGAAUUUUAAACCCCAACAAUCAGAGAUAACUGUGUAUCCAGGAGAGACAGCUUUGGCUUUCUACACUGCGAUGAAUCCCACAGAUAUGCCUGUAGUAGGUAUUAGUACAUAUAAUGUGGUUCCAUUUGAGGCAGGGCAGUAUUUUAAUAAGAUCCAAUGUUUUUGUUUUGAAGAACAAAUGUUAAAUCCUCAUGAACAGGUGGAUAUGCCCGUAUUUUUUUAUAUAGAUCCGGAAAUUACUGAAGAUCCAUAUAUGGAAUUUGUAAACGAGAUAACAUUAUCGUAUACAUUUUUUGAAGCUAAGGAGGGUUUGAACCUACCUCUACCUACAUUUGUUAAUACUGUUAAAUAAUAGUUAGGAAAUAAAAGUCCGUUGUUUUUAUUAA